CUUGGUUUCCUAAGAUUAAGGAUGCAGUGAUAGGAAAGCCACGGCUAAUGGUUUUAAAGGUUCUGUUCUGAGAAAGGCAAUGUCAGCGAGCUGGAUUCUCGCCAGAGGGUCAUUGGCAUCAGAAGAGGUGAGUCUUGAACUUGGUGCAGGUGGCGGGGGAGAGAGACAUCGAGGAGAAUGUAAAGGUCUCCAUGACGCAGCUCAGGGAAUCUCCUAAUGAUCUUAUUGUCAGCUAAGUGACUCUGAUAACAGCUGACGUAUCAAAUCCCUGGCAUCAGUCUAACAAAAACAGAUAGGUGGUAGUCUGCAGAAGAUGAGUGAUAAGAGUAGGCUUGUAAAGUUUGUGUCUAGAUAAAGAGUAAUAAUUUUAAAAUAGAUGUGGUGCUUCUAUGAAAGAAAGCAAGAAUGUGAGUAAUAUUUUCCUUUUCAAGCAGUGUGGAGAAAAAAAGCCUUACCUUUAACAAAGUAGGCACUUAAACAGGCAGAGAAGUAGCAAAAAUCCCAAAACUGGAGAGUGGCAUUUUGUUGUCUGACCAUGGGUCAGCUCCUGAGUGAAGAAAACAACAAGGUGGAGAUUGAUGUUGCUGAGCUACAAGAGUGGUACAAGAAGUUUGUGGUUGAAUGUCCCAGUGGGACCCUCUUCAUGCAUGAAUUCAAAGGCUUCUUUGGGGUGUCAGAGAACCAGGAGCUAUCAGAAUAUAUAGAGAACAUGUUCCGUGCCUUCGACAAAAAUGGGGAUAAUACAAUAGACUUCUUGGAAUAUGUAGCAGCUCUCAACCUUGUGUUAAGAGGCAAGCUGGAGCACAAGCUAAGGUGGACUUUUAAGAUGUACGACAAGGAUGGCAAUGGCUGUAUCGACAAGACAGAACUGCUGGAGAUUGUGGAGUCCAUAUAUCGUCUGAAGAAGGCUUGUCAUGCUGACACAGAUGAUUGCCACCUUUUGACUCCAGACCAGGUAGUCGACAGGAUAUUUCAGCUUGUGGAUGAAAAUGGUGAUGGCCAACUAUCCCUGGAUGAAUUCAUCGAUGGCGCACGCCGGGACAAGUGGGUGAUGAAAAUGCUCCAGAUGGAUGUUAAUCCAGGUUUUUGGAUCUCAGAGCGACGGAGGAAGAGUGCUUUAUUUUAACAAAGGCUGCCUUGGGGAAAUGCUUAAGGGACUUCUUUAAGUUACAGGCUACGUGUUGAACAUAUUGUUUUGGAAUAUUUUUUGAAGACUUUAUGAAAAUAUCUAGCCUGUUAUUUAUUAGUUUUGCACAUACAAUAUUAGUACAUUUCAAUUUUGAAAUAUUUCUUUCCUCAGUCUUAUGGGGGUUGGGUUUUAUAUUCACUUUUUGAUUGUACAGAUAUCAACUGGCAUCCCUUUCAGGCGUGGUUCCUACCU